AAAUCAGUUUCCCGCCAAAUCUAUUCCCAAUAGAUAGGUAGAAGGCAUUCGAAACCCUAGAAAACUUUGAUCUCAAAUUCAGCGAGGCCUAAUUGAUAUGGAGAUUAAAUUGAAGUGUAGCUGCGGCGAAUCGAGUUGUUUGGAAUGGGCAAUCAUCGAAGUGCAAGGUGUUGUUGAAGUUCAACCGGCAUUUCAAGAUCGCACGCAAAAUCUCCAGAUCGGUAUUCUCUGCCGCCCUUCUUCUCAGGAAAGUUACACUUUUACUGUUGGUUAUCAUGAGCUGAGUGGGUCAAAGAUCCCCUUGAAGAAACCAUUGCUUGUUUUGAAGAAGAAGAUUAUAAAAUCUGAUAUGGAAAUAGAUCAGAAUGAUGAUAGCCUUAAUUCAUCAAGGGUGGAAUUGGAAGUUACCGGUAUUAUUCGUCACCGGAUUUUGUUCAAGACCCGACCAAAGGCUCUCAUUUCUGAACCACAACCUGCGGUGAAGAGAAAGUAAGUGCACCAUCUCCUGUUGUUGAAAAGUAAAUUUGACUUGCAUGAAGAAUUUUGGACAGAGGUUCAUAUUUGGUGCUAUUCAACUGAAGUGAGUUUCAGUCUUAUGAUGAUGUUUUUUUUUUGUUUUCAAUACUGUUAAAUUUAUACGAGUUAACUCGAACCUAAUGUUGUUUGGUUCUUGACAUCUAUGGAUAUGCGUCAUCUUUUUUCACAAACGUAGAUUAUAUCAAUCAUAUUCUUGUGGUGUUAGACGACGUGGUUGCCACUAAAAA